AUGCCACCGUCUAUGCAAAAGCCUGACUGUGCAUCAUCUGUUCGUGAUCGUGUAUUGGAAAUUGAACGUAGUCAUAUCGAAUCUGAGAAUUCGGUUAUUCGUGCUCGUUACGUUCCUGAUGUUCGGGGCGUUAAUCGUUAUAAACAUUUUCAUAUCAAAACAGUCAGAGUUGUGCAUCUUAACCGCUCUAGCUAUAUGCUAGAUUUCAUAGGCAAAUGGACACUUUCUAUACAAUUUCAUUCAUUUCUUUUUCUUAAGGAAAAUGCAACAACUACAGACACUCAUUCUACGCAUGUUGAUUGUUAUGGUGAAGGACGUAGUACACAAACGGAUUCCUAUCCUAUUGUUGUAAAUCUACCACGAUGCAAAAACAGCAAAGUGGUUGUCAAUAUGGAAGAUAUUGAAGAGCGUGAGGCAUUAUACCAAGUGAUCGAGAACGCCUUAGGCGAGACAAUUGACCGAUACUCACGACUUCGUACUAAUCAAAUUAUUGCUAACAGUGCUCGAAAGCAGGGCCAAAUUUGGCGUGAUGCAAAGGAUUUCAUUGCUAAUCAACUUGUUCCUCAGUCCAUUCAAUUGGCAAGUAAAAGCCAAUCAAGGAGGAGGACGGCAGUUGAAAUUGUCACAAAUAUUAGAAGUUUUCCAUAA